AGGACUUUGAGGUUCUAACAGGUUGGGCCUAUUUGGAGCUACCUCUUCCUCUUCCUCACUUUUCUCAUCUUUUUCUUCCUCUUUCUUCAUCAACUGUUAUUCAAAACCCUUCACUUUCAUCUUCCUAUUAAUGCUUCAUUCCACAUCCUUCCAAAAUUCUCCAAUCUUCUUCUUCUCUCUCUAAUCUUCUUUCUAAAAGGACUCGCCGGGAAUUCAUCUCCGGCAUCAUCGGCGGCGGUCAUGGCCAACCAGUUCUCCAGCUCCGUCGAUUUCGGACUCAGGCUCUCCAGGCGAAUAUACUACGGCCAAGGUCCGGCGCCGGCACCGGCGAUGUCGAGAUCGCCGGAGGAAUACCUACCGACGGCGCCGAUGUGCUACGCCGUGAUAUCGGAUCCGGAUAUGGUGGAUAACCCGGACAUCCGGAGCUACCAACCGUACGUGCACGGGAAGUGUGACCCGCCGGCGCUAAUACCGCUGCAGCUUCUAGGAGUCACCAUGGAGGUCGAUUGUAGCUUGGACACGGCGUUUGUAACCGUCAAUGCACGGUGGCGCGUGCAUUGCGUGUUGGGAAGUAGCACAUGCGAUUGCCGCCUCGCGAUACCGAUGGGAGAGCAGGGUUCACUUCUAGGUGUUGAGGUUGAUAACUUUGGAAGAUCAUAUCAUACUGAAUUGAUUUCUCGGAAUGAUGAAAAUGAUAAGGAGAAAGUGGCCAAAGCCAAAGAUGGAUACUUCUUGAAAAGCCAAAUAUACAUUAUUGACAUCCCACAGUUUAGUGGAGGCUCGAUCUUCUCAAUUAAGAUCAAAUGGUCUCAGGAGAUAUUAUUCAAUGAAGGCCAGUUCUCUCUUAAUAUUCCUUUUAACUUCCCUUCAUACGUUAACCCUAUUGGAAUAAAAUCUCCUAAGAAAGAGAGAAUAUUAUUGAAAGUGAAUUCUGGUGCUGCAAGAGAAGUGUCAUGCAAUACCUCCAGUCACCCUCUUAAGGUACUAAUGCGCCAAGCUGGCAAAUUAAGUUUAUCAUAUGAGGCAGAAGUGCAAGCUUGGUCAAGUAUAGACUUUAGUCUUUCUUACAUUGUUUCUUUAACGGAUAUAGUUGGUGGUGUUCUCUUGCAAUCUCCUUUCUUGCGUGAUUUCGACGAACGGGAGAUAUUUUGCUUGUAUCUUUACCCGGGAAAAAGCCAGGAUAGAAAGGUUUUUAGAAAGAAUGUGGUGUUUAUAGUAGAUAUAAGUGGAAGCAUGAAGGGAAGUCCUCUUGAAAGCACAAAGAAUGCAUUAAUAGCAUCCCUUUCCCAUCUAGAUGCACAAGAUACAUUUAACAUAAUAGCUUUCAAUGGGGAGUUCUAUUCAUUUUCUGGAUUGAUGGAACCGGCUACGGUGGAAAAACUUUUGAGUGCUACCAAGUGGGUUGAAGCUACUUUUAUUGCAAAUGGUGGUACCAACAUCUUGAAUCCCUUAACUCAGGCAAUGAAGCUGUUUCAGAAUUCAACUGCUUCAGAUUCAAUCCCUCUAAUUUUUCUUGUUACUGAUGGGACUGUUGAGAAUGAGAGACAGAUAUGCAAUUUUGUGAAAAGCUGCCUCACAAAUGGGCAACCGGUUCGCACACCGCGCUUAUGUACUCUUGGCAUAGGUUUACAUUGUAAUCACUACUUCCUGCAAAUGCUAGCACAGAUUGGGAGGGGCCACUAUGAUGCUGCUUUUGAUUUAGAUUCCAUUUCCUUUAGAAUGCAAAGGUUGUUUAGAACUGCUUCAUCAGUCAUUGUUUCAGAUAUAACCCUUGGAGGUCUAGGUCUUGAUUCAGUAGAGUUAUUUCCACCUUAUAUUCCAGACCUAUCAUUAGAAAGUCCGUUAAUGAUAUCAGGCAGAUGCAAUGGAACCUUUCCGGAAUCAGUUAAAGUGACUGGUACUUUGGCAGAUAUGACUAAGUUUGAAGUGGACCUUGAAGUGCAAAGAGAAAAAGAUAUUCAACUCACGAAUAUCCUUGCAAAGAGACACAUGGACCUUGUCACUUCUCAAGCAUGGUUAUUAGAAAGUGCAGAGUUGGUGGAAAAGGUCUCGAAGAUGAGCAUCCAACAUAAAAUCCCGUCAGAGUAUACCUGCAUGGUGCUUGUGGAGAACAGUGAUGGGAAGAAGGCACCUGAACCAAUGCUAAUUAAGAGGGCAUACAGUAAACUUAGCAGACAGAGAUUGGAACGCAACACUCAGAAGUUAUUCCUCGGAGGCAUGAGUCUCGGGUUUGGUGACCUGAAAGCAACGGCAAAUAACGUUCCGCCGGCAAUCAAAGAAGCAAAACCUUCUGAAGGGCUUCUAGAGAAGGCUACCUCAACUUGCUGUGGCCGAUUCGCUGACAACUGUUGUGGCAUGUGUCUGCUCCAAACAUGUCGCUUUGCGAAUGACCAAUGCACCAUUGUCUGCACCCAACUCUGUGCAGCCCUCGCUUGUUUCGAGUUAAUCAAUUGCUGUAUUGAGCUUUGUGACUGUGACUGCCUCUAGUAAAAUCACAUGAUAUCUGUCAAGAUAUGAAAAUCUGUUUAGUAGGACAAAUUGUUAGCAAUGUAUAUAAGCUUUGCUGAAAAUCAUAUGCAGCUUAUACGUCUAUUACUUUAGUUGCUUGUUUAUAGUGAUAAAGACAAAUGAUAUAGAUAAAACUAGUUUAUUGUAAUGUUGGAAAGUUUGGUCUCCUUGUUCAAGUUAAUGUGGAGAGCAAAGAGUAAGGAGUUCGUUGAAUACUGUGGUAUUGUAUGGAUCUUCUGCAUGUGAAUGCAUGGGGCCUUGGGGGCCAUAAGUGAAGGAUAAUAAAUGAAUUAUCGUUUCAUGAUAAGGUUAAAUGUAAAUUGAGUUGAUAAAGUAAGUAUAUGAUAUAAUUAGGAUAA